UCAUCUCUUUUACUUGUUGACGUUUGCUUCAACCACACGUGUUUAUUUUUGCGCAUCGCAAAAAUAUUCCAAAAUUUUAAAGUUUUUCUUUUAUAUUUUUUUAAUUUAAAAAUACAUAAAAAUGGGUCGAACAAAUCGCUCACGUAAACGCCGCGAUGAAAUGAACAAAGUGAAGAAGGCUCGCAAUGCUGCUAAAGAACUUGUUCGUCUAAAGAAAACUUUGGGUUUACUCGAUGCUGAUGGCAAUGAAAUCAUGAAAGGUGCCGAAGAGGUGGCAACAGUCAAAACAGCCAAGGAACUCAAAAGGGAAAAAAUUGCCAAAGAAUAUGAAGAAAUUGAACAUGAAUACGAAGAAGAACGCGACAAAGGUGAAAACAUCACAGUGGUGAAUGAAAAAACUGGCAAGAAGCACACAUACAACACAAAAACAAUGAAAGACGAACACGGUUCCUAUCCACCAUGGUUCAAGCCGAAGAAGACUGCCAAGAGAAUCCGUAAGUUAGAGCACUCACGUAAAUUGCGCUUCCGUCAAGCAUGGACAACAAUUAAUGUUCCCCUGUAAGAUGAGAGAAUCCACUUGGUUAGUUUUAAGAAUGCUUAGAAUGUUAAGAAUCUGUUUUUUAAAUAAAGAAAUUUAAAUGAAAACAAA